AUGGCCCUGCUAUUCGUAAUUCCUCAAGGACUCUCGACACCGCCGGUGGUUGACGAAAAGCCGUUGAGCUUAGAGGAGACUCGAAAUCCUGUCUUGGAAUCUGCAGAGUUUGCGUACCAGAAAACAAACCUCGUCAGUAUCAAUGAAGAUGGGGUGAAACUGGCAGCCAAAUAUAUCCGGCGGAAGGUUCUCGCUGAAUCCUACUCGCCACGGACUUGGCGCACCCACCCGCUGCACAUCUGCCCCUCUGAACCAUACAACGCUUCUGACCCCUUAAAUAAAUCCGUUCUAAAUUGGAUUUUUCUUAUCUCCUCCUUAAACUUUAGCUUCUGGUCAGAGAAGGAAGGUUUACCUGAGAGAUACGGCGUCGAGUGGAAGACUAGCUGGGAAUCGGAGGAGACGACGGUUUGGACUGGGUACUGGUCUCUUGUCGCGUCACUCAAUCGAGCUCUUGAAGAUGAUAUACCCAUCACAGACCCCAAUUUUUACUCCUCCGAGACGCUGUGUCCUGACAGCCUCAUUGAACACAUAUUUCGUCCGGCUAGCCAGUCGACCGAAAAAAUACCACUCCUUCAGGAGCGCAUUUCUGUGAUGCGUGAGGUUGGGUUUAUUCUUUGUAACAGCUUUGAAGGCUCUUUCCAGGGAUUCCUACGUGAAUUCCAACGCCGACACGAUGGCGAGGGAACCGCCCUUGAUCUCGUAAAGAUGGUGACGGAAAUGUUCCCUUGUUUCCGCGACGAGGUUUACUAUGAGGGCAGAAAAGUUUGUUUCUGGAAACGAGCUCAAAUAUUAGUCGCAGAAAUGUGGGCAGCCUUUUACCCCGAAUCCACCAGCACAGCACACCCACUGUUUCCUGGGCGGCGUGGCGCCGACAUCCGCCAACUCACUAUGUUCGCUGAUUAUCGUGUUCCUCAAAUUUUACACCACUUGCGAAUACUCACAUACCCUCCUGCCUUGAUUCGGAAAUUGGCGACGAAAACGCCAGUCCCCUCAGGGUCGGCAGAUGAGCUGAGCUUACGCGCGGCAAGCAUAGUAGCGGUCGAGCGCGUCCGGACUGAAAUUCUGCGGCUUAUACAAGAGGAGGAAGGCGGCGACACUGAGAAUGUAUUGAAGAGUGGUGUCGUGAGUAGCGUCUUGAUUGAUUUUUACCUUUGGGAUCUAGCGCAGAAAGUCGAGCAUGGUUUGCAGACGUCGGACGUGGUACCUAUUCACCGAACGCGGAGCAUCUGGUAUUGA